UGSUCUCUGAUAGUUCAUCCUACAAUACCAGCUGUGCUUACUGAGYAUCUUCAGCUGGGAUCUCCUGUGUCUCCCUGCGACCUGAGCUGGAUUAAGCAACAAUGGCAUUUGUGAAGAGYGGAUGGCUGCUCCGGCAAAGUACUAUUUUACGGCGUUGGAAGAAGAAYUGGUUUGAUCUGUGGUCUGAUGGCCGCCUAAUAUUCUAUGAUGAUCAAAAUCGCCAUGACUUAGAAGAUAAAAUCCACAUGCGAAUCCAUUGCAUCAACCUCAGAGUGGGGAAUGAAUGUCGAGAUUUCCAGCCUCCAGAAGGGAAGCAGAGAGACUGUUUACUGCAGAUUGUUUGCCGUGAUGGGAAGACGGUCAACCUCUGUGCAGAGAGUGCAGACGACUGCCUGGCGUGGAAAAUUGCUCUCCAGGAUGCCAGAACAAAUACAGGCUACGUGGGAUCUGAUGUGAUGUAUGAUGAGACAGCCAUUUCCUCGGCACCUCCUCCCUACACAGCUUAUGCCACACCAUCACCUGAGGUUUAUGGCUAYGGCUACGAUCAGUACAAUGGGGCGUAUCCCCCAGCGGGGCCGCAGAUCUUCUAUGCCUCCAAUGGACAAGCGUAUGCUGUUCCCUAUCAGUACCCCUACCAAGGACCUUAUGGCCAACCCCCUGCAAACCAUGUCAUCAUUCGAGAGCGUUACCGUGACAGCGAUGGAGAUCUUGCACUGGGCAUGCUGGCUGGAGCAGCAACUGGAAUGGCUCUGGGAUCAUUAUUUUGGGUCUUUUAGAUUACCCCUUCCUUAUCUCUGUAGUUCCAAAAACCUUUAUUGUGUGCAAUAAUAUAUUGGCAAUGUUGUUUACUGUUAAACUUUAAGAAAUGCAAUAGUUAUUUUUCAGUAGURACAUCUUAAUAACUGAUUCUUAACUGUCUUAAUGAGAGUUUAAAGGCACCAUUUAGUUAAGUGGUUGGAGAUGGCAUGUGCYGCUCUUGAAUUCUGGUCUGAUGUUCAGAGUUAGAAGGAUCAAUAUGAGCACCAGUGUCACAUGGUAGCUGUCACCUGCUUUAUGAACAGACUGUUACUGCAAACACCAUAGGGAAAAAAAAAUUCUGGGGGAGUCUAAGAUCUAGUUCAAGUAAGAGAUUAACAGGAGCCCUGCAUUGGUAUACACAUACURCUGGCUUUUAAACAUUCCCUGGAAAAACAUAUAGCUCAGCAGAAAUUCCUUGGCAUUAGACAGUCUGCCAUGCUUGAGGAUUUUUUUUUUUUAUUUCAGACUUGCCUGCAGAUGGUAGUGUGUUUUCUUAGGUGGAGUCCUAUCCCUGCCUCUCACACCAUCCAGGUGAGGUUGUCUUUGAGAAUGUAUGAGUAAACCACUAAGAAGUGGCAGCACUCCUUAACUCUUUUAUUCUCCCAGAAAUGUGAAUGACCAGUGGCAAGRAAGACCAAUGUUUGUUGUUCUACCUCCCUCUUUAUCCUGAAUGACUCUUCCCCUGGUGAGAUAGAAGUAACAGAACUUUACCUUUGCAAGUGUCUGCAGAACAGCAGCCUCAGACACUGCACCACCACAGCUGCAUUAUGUGCAGGAGGAGAAUAAGCUUGAACAGCCCUCGCUCUGUUGGGCCUACCAACCCCUCUGCAGGCAGGAACAGGCAGGAGGGGAGAGAUGAGCAACACAAGGAGACCUUGCACACAGCUAUCAGCUGCCUUGCUAGGGCUAGGGUAGGACGCCUGCCUCAGCCACCAAGGUUUUAUGAACCAAGUUCCUUAUUUGCAACUAAUUUUGAGCACAGCUGAGCCUGAGUUUGUCGUAUGCACAUUUCCCCCUCACAUUCAGCAGGUCUCCUCUUUUCUCCAAGACUUGUUGAGGAAAACACUCCAAGGAACCUGGCUGGCUUUGCAUGUAUGCCUGGUUCCUGUACACGGUGUGCUAUGGACUGUACCCUGGAGUGCAGGUGUUUAGUGUGUUACAUGGCCUGUUCUAAUCCAUGCUGAGCUAUGCUUGGCAGGGAAAGAAAGCUCUGAAGAAAUGCAUCUGCUUUCUUAUUCAGGUAAAUGAGGCAGGGUGCCUAGUUGAGUUCUUAGAGGACUUAUUUUUGUACUUUCCCUUUCAGCUUCCUGUAUUCACAUAAUGUUUUAAUGUUAAGUCUUACUUAUGCUUUGAUUCAGAAGAAAGUUAAUUUYUCAUGGGUCACAGGGUUUCAUGUCAGAAAAAAAUGAAAACAGAUGAGAACUGGCACCCAAAUAAAUUUAGAUUUAGUCCCAAUCUUCUCCAUUUUAUCCUAAAGCUCUCAUAGCUCUCUCCUACUUAUUUAAGCAAUAGAGGUCUUGGACAAAAGUUUGGGUAUSAGACAGGGGAAGCGCCAGGCUUUCACAACUCUUGGGACUAGCUCAACCAACUGGAAUCAUUGGAAGUAAACAGACAUGUAAUUGGGGCAGCUUUACUAAGAGUGGGCCUAAUCUAGGAAAGAUAAACUGUUUUCAAGAGGCUGGCUCCGAGCUGUASACAUGCAUGCAUGUCCUUUCACAGUCUAACCCAAGCUGCACAUGUUCUGCUAGUCAGAUGUACUGAAAGGAUGUGCUGAAGGUGCAAAAGAGGACUAAAGUGAAAGUUUCCUAUUGCUAGWCCAAACCAAAAGAAGUUGCAGUACAGUACUGAAGCUCUCUUAAAAACCUGGUAACCUUGAGGUCAGAAAGGGAUGGAAUGUAAGUGAACAAACRUGUCUACCCUUUUAAAAAGCCCUUUAAGAUAUGAAGUUGAUUACAGGUCUAUGCUGCUGYUUGGUUUGUGCUUUUCAAUAGUAAGUUCUGCAGAAUGCCUUCAUCUCCUCUUCUUCCUCUUUGAUUCUUAACUUGUAAGGAGUAAGGAAGAAUAAAACAAUUKGGCAUCAUAUGAUGUUUAAAAAUUUCUUAAUGAUUGGGAAAGAAUAACACCAAGUGACUCAGCUGKUUUUUUAUUUUGGUUUGGGCUUUCAGAAGAACUGUUAGUCASAGCAGGGGAACAUGUCUUUUGUGUUUUCAGGAGAUAACUCUUUCUAGGUUCCCAGUUUCUUCACAUGAAGUAUAUAAAAUAAAGACUGUUGAUGGCAAAAUAUUCCUGGGUUGAAAUCAAAGCAAGAAAUUAUCUUUUUUAAAGUUCAGAUUGAAGUAAUUCCCCUUUAAGAAAAUAACCUUACCCUUCUCAAUGGAAAAACACACUACAAAGUGAAGCCAAAGAUUCGAGUUUCAGCUUGGAAACAAUAGGCUGCUUUUAUACAAAUCAUGAACUACUUUGCCAUCUCAGAAACACAGGCAUUUAGAAGCUAGAAAGAAAAUAUAUGAAAUUGUCCUAGACCAUGAAAUCAAGAGCACAGUUAUCUCACAGCAGGUGCUUGGAGCCUUUCUGAUCUCACUGCAGAGACAGAAGUGGCAACAUCCUGGUACACAAAGGAGCAGCAYGGGGAUUGCCACCCAAAGUCACUGGUUGUUGAAUCUCAUACUUGCAUCCUGAAGACAUUCCCGUGUCUCCUGUUGCUCAGGAAAAGAGUGGAGCUUUGGUCAGAUCUACAAUAAUAUCUGGCUGGAUGCACAGUUGUGACUCAACAGCCUUUCUAUAGCCAGCUCUGUACUUCAAUCAGUUAGUGUGAGUGCUGCUGUAAGCCUGAAGGAGCAGGGCCAAAGGGGAUUUGAGGCUUGGAGGGCCUGCUGUGCCAGKUUCUGCAGACCAGUGAUACCAUACUGAUGGGAAGAGGCAGCAGGUGUGGCAAGCUAGUUUUCAAAGCAGAUUGAAAYGAUAGUUUGUUUCUGAAUGGUGCUAAUCAUGUCUGUAAUUCCAGUUAUAUCUGCAUAGUACCCAAGUACACACUUUCCUACUUUGGGUCCAAUACUUAAGCCCCCUAAAGCUGUGGGAGGUUCGCAGGUACCACAGUGCCACUGUUUUUGUGCAGUGYACAUUGCCAGGGAAGGGUAAAUUCGUUGUGUAGCAGUGACAGUCUUUUCAGAAUUCAGUGUCAGUGCUUAUGGAGGUUACCAGUCUACACGUUCAUCUGGGACUAGUUACUUUUGGAGUCUGAGUUACAGACAGCUGGACAGAGCCUGGCUUCCUGAGAGUGGGGUGGGAAUGCUCAGCCUUCUGUAAGACUGACCACACUGAAGAGGUGAACCAGGGCUCCCUCCUACAUUCUUAGUUACAUGUGAAAAUACAGCUGUUGGCUUCUUUUGCAUGAAUUUGGAGGAGAACCAGUUUCUUCUAGGGAGUGGGUAAAGGCUUAAGGACUAGAGAGGAGUGGGUAGGAAGUAUCUCUGUACAGAACAGCUGCACUGACUUCCAGCAAAGACACAUCUUCCCCAGUGGCGAAGCACAUUCCGAGCAGUGUCUGGAUGGAGCUACCCUGCAUGCAAUCCAACACUGGCUUACUUUUGUUUGUUCUUCAGUGAGGAUUCAGUAGGUGAUGGAACCAGCUACACAAGUGGAGUGGAGGAGAAAAUUCACACCCAUGUUCCUCAGAUGUGUUUGUUCUUUUUCUCCUCAACAUAGACUAAGAUAUAUGUAAGUCAUGGAGAAUAGCAUGCAACAAAAGUUUCCCCUCCAAGUCCUUUAUGUUCUUGUGCCCUUCCUAUCUUUACUGCAGCUUUUACUGUAUGYCCUCAUUCUCAUUAUUAAUUUAUAGCAAAAUAAUCAUAGCAAUAAAAUUCAUAUUUAAGUCUAAUUAUU